AUGCAUCCGAGUGGCGGCGCGCUGUCGGUGCCACCGGGCUUCCGGUUCCAUCCGACGGACGAGGAGCUCCUCUACUACUACCUGAGGAAGAAGGUCGCUUAUGAGGCCAUAGAUCUUGACGUCAUCAGGGAGAUCGACCUCAACAAGCUCGAGCCAUGGGACCUCAAAGAUCGGUGCAGGAUAGGCACAGGGCCGCAGAACGAGUGGUACUUCUUCAGCCACAAGGACAAGAAGUACCCGACGGGGACGAGGACGAACCGGGCCACCACGGCGGGGUUCUGGAAGGCGACGGGCCGCGACAAGGCCAUCUUCCUCGGCAGCGGCGCCAGGAGGAUCGGCAUGAGGAAGACGCUGGUGUUCUACGUCGGGAGGGCUCCCCACGGCAAGAAGACCGACUGGAUCAUGCACGAGUACCGCCUAGACGAAGACAACGUUGAGGUCCAGUCCGGAAUGCAGGAAGAUGGCUGGGUGGUGUGUAGGGUUUUCACCAAGAAGAGCUACACGAGAGGCAUGAACCCGGCGGGGAUGGCGGGGUACGACGACGACGAGCUCCUCCACCCUUUCCCGGUUCCAUCUUCCGCCGCCGGCGCAAUGCAAAUGAUCACGGACCAGAAGCACAUCAUGCACAGCCCCGGCCACCUCAUGCAGCAGCAGCAGCAGCAGCACUACGACUUCCCUUCCUUCGACGCGUCCAUGCAGCUCCCGCAGCUCAUGAGCGCCGAGCACGAGCAGCAGACGCUCUCCUCCUUCCUCCCCGGCGCACCGGCUGCCGUUGCCAUGAGCUCGCACGAGCUCGAGUGCUCACAGAACCUGAUGAAGCUCACUUCGAGCGGCACCAACGGAAUGCUCCACCACGGUGGCAGUGGCGGUGGCGGUGGCGGCGACCCCCGCUUCCCCGGCACGGACUGGUCCAUCCUGGACAAGCUCCUCGCCUCGCACCAGAACCUGGACCAGCUCUUCCAGGGCAAGGUUGCCGCCGCCGCAGCAGCAGCAUCAAUGGCGCCUUAUCAACAGCAGCAUCAGCAGCAGCUCAUGGAGCAGCUUGGAGGCGGCAGCACCUCCUCCAUGCAGAGAAUGCCACUGCAGUACCUCGGCUGUGAGGCCGCCGACCUCCUCAGGUUCUCCAAGUAG